GCUUUCCCCGCGCCGCCGCCGCCGGAGCCGAUCCGCCUGUCCGCGCACCGGCUGGGAGUGCUCGGUGCCCGUCCGCCCGCCGGACAGAGAGCCUUCCCCUGUCCCUGCCCGCCCUCUGGACCCUGGCCGCCGGGAGCGGAGACUGGAGCAAAAUGAUGCUUCAACACCCAGGCCAGGUCUCUGCCUCAGAAGUCAGUGCCUCUGCCAUCGUCCCUUGCCUGUCCUCUCCUGGGUCACUGGUGUUUGAAGAUUUUGCUAACCUGACACCCUUUGUCAAGGAAGAGCUGAGGUUUGCCAUCCAGAACAAGCACCUCUGUCAUCGGAUGUCCUCUGCACUGGAGUCGGUCACCAUCAACAACAGACCCCUGGAGAUGUCAGUCACAAAAGCCGAGGUAGCUCCUGAAGAAGAUGAACGGAAAAAGAGGAGACGGGAAAGAAAUAAGAUUGCAGCCGCCAAGUGCCGAAACAAGAAAAAGGAGAAGACAGAGUGCCUGCAGAAAGAGUCAGAGAAGCUAGAGAGUGUGAAUGCUGAGCUGAAGGCCCAGAUCGAGGAGCUGAAGAACGAGAAGCAGUAUUUGAUAUACAUGCUCAAUAUGCACCGGCCCACGUGUAUUGUCCGGGCUCAGAACGGGAGGACUCCAGAAGAUGAGAGAGACCUCUUUAUCCAACAGAUAAAAGAAGGAACAUUGCAGAGCUAAGCAGCCGUGGUAUGGGGACAUCUGAGGAGUCCUCACUGAAUCCUCCUUUUCCACCCAAAACCCUGAAGCCAUUGGAAAGCUGACUUCCUGUGCACCUCUAGUAUCCCAGCAGCUGAGAACCGUCGAAGCAGGAGGGCUCAUGGUGACUCCACUGGACCUUCCCACUCUGCCCCAGAGUGAACUGUGUGGACCAGGCAAGAGCAUCCUUGGCCUCAACUUCAGGCCUUAACUUACUGGCCAUUCUUAGAUGUUCCAGGUAGCCCCUGGGUGGGAUUCAGCCCACUUCAUCUGGGUUCCACAAAAACCAGAAUAUGCCCGCCAUUAGGAUUCAUGCAAAAGCGUCUGUACCUUGGGUAGGUAGGUAGGACCGUCUCCUUGGCUGCAGGUGCCUCUGUUACUUAUAGGGGACAUGGAAUGAGAAUGACAUUUGUCAAAGUUGUGUAAUGGCCAAGGCUGGGCUUUCUAGCAAAUAUGCUGUUAUGUCCUGGAAUUAAUGUGCAAUGCAUUUGUGUCAAAAUUAGGCAUUGUGCUCUUUAAUGUUUGUUUCUCACAACACUGGUGUGACUUUUCUGUGAUCUUCUUAAGAUCUGGUUUCUGCGAAUGUAGGGGUCUCUUGCCACAGGCAGUGUCUCACAGAAAAAUGUUCAGGUGGCCAGAAGAAUUUGCCAGCCCCAGGAGAGCAGAAUCGUCCUGCCUGCAGCAUAGCUUUGUGUCAACAGAGGAUACUUCCUUUUCGUUGGCACCCAGGAGUUAAUGAAGCAGACCUUCAGUUACAAUGUUACAGGAAGGAAGCAAAAGUCCAACUUCCAAAGGAUCAGGACUCUCCACUCAGUGACUUAGGUCAGGAGUUAUUUCAAGGCCAGAAGAGGCAAAGAAUAUUCCGUUCUCCUUUCCUUGUGGUCAAAAACCAUAGUCCAUGGAGACGCACGUUUGAAGCCAGGUGAUGCCCGGGCUUUGGUACUGUCAGAUGUCAAUGACAUUGUUUCUGUCAUGUAGCUAUUCAGAGAAA